UUCCGAUCUGAUUUGUACACGGCGCCAUGUUAGAAGAGGCAAAAGAGGGCAAACUCGGGGCGUCCGGGCUGUUACUGCGCACGCGCGGGGAGCGGAGCCCCGGGCGGGAGCGGGAGAGGCGGCGCUUGCGUAGAGGCGCCUUGGAGAAGGGAGGGGCGGUUGCUUGCUGGUUGUUGUAGUAACAGGCGAAGCGCCGGCAGGAACCGCGGUCGCCGGCCGGGCCCCAGAGGGAGAUGAAGCAGCAGAAAACUGCCCUGGCUAGAUCUAGUAAUUCUGCAGGGAAGUGUUUGAGAGGCCACUGUUUCCAGGCUCUAUGAAAACGUGUACAGGCAAUGCCAGUUGGGAUGGCUCGGGACUUGGAAGAAACGGGCUCAUCUUCAGAAGAAGAUGUCGUGGAAGGGCCAGAGGAUCACCCGUGUAUCAUGUGGACAGGUGGAUACAGAAGGAUUCCAAUCUUGGUGUUUCAUGCAGAAGCUAUCCUAACAAAGGACAGCUACAUUCGUUUGAUUGGAGAGCGCUAUCGUUUGUCUUACAAGAUUGUGCGGACAGACAGUCGCUUGGUGCGCAGCCUUCUGACUGCUCAUGGAUUCCGUGAGGUGCAUCCCAGCAGCACUGAAUAUAAUCUGAUGUGGACAGGAUCCCACUUGAAGCCCUAUGUUCUACGAACUCUUUCAGAUAUUCAAAAAGUCAAUCACUUUCCCAGGUCCUAUGAAUUAACUCGAAAAGACAGAUUGUACAAGAACAUCAAUCGAAUGCAGCAGACCUAUGGAUUCAAGACUUUCCAUGUCCUGCCUCAGACGUUUAUCCUUCCAGCUGAAUACCAAGAAUUCUGCAGUUCCUACUCAAAGGACAGAGGACCUUGGAUAGUGAAGCCUGUGGCAUCUUCUAGAGGUCGAGGUGUCUAUUUGAUAAAUAGUCCAAAUCAGAUUUCUCUGGAAGAAAACAUUCUGAUCUCCCGCUACAUUAGCAACCCCCUUCUCAUAGAUGACUUCAAAUUUGAUGUGCGGCUGUACGUUCUGGUGACAUGCUAUGAUCCCCUUGUUGUUUACCUCUAUGAGGAAGGUUUGGCCAGGUUUGCCACUGUGAGAUACGAUCAGGGAGCAAAGAAUAUCAAGAACCAGUUCAUGCAUCUAACAAACUACAGUGUCAACAAGAAGAGUGGUGACUAUGUCAGUUGUGAUGAUCCUGAAGUGGAGGAUUAUGGGAACAAAUGGAGUAUGAGUGCAAUGCUGAGGUAUCUGAAACAGGAAGGGAGAGAUACAACGGCUCUGAUGGCAAGUGUGGAGGACUUGAUCAUUAAGACAAUAAUUUCUGCGGAGCUGGCCAUUGCUUCAGCCUGUAAAGCUUUUGUCCCUCACCGUGGUGUUUGUUUUGAGCUUUAUGGCUUUGAUGUCCUCAUUGAUUCUACUCUGAAGCCUUGGCUGCUCGAGGUGAACCUGUCCCCUUCCCUGGCUUGCGAUGCACCUUUGGACCUGAAGAUUAAAGCUAGUAUGAUUUCUGACAUGUUUACGCUUAUAGGCUUUGUUUGUCAGGAUCCAGGUCAGCGGCCAAGCCGGACAUCCUAUUACUCAUCUGAGGCCAGGAGAAACCCCUACCAGAAAGUUCAACGCCCUGUAUCUGCACAGUCUCGAUCAACAAAUGCCAAACUGCGUUCUCGGCCUCUCUCUGCCAGCGAUGCUGAGAUUAAAAACCUGAUGUCCUCAUCAAGGGAAAAAGUAACAGGAAGGCAGAUUGGCUCCAUGCUGGGCCUUUCCAUGGAGGAGAUAAAAGUGCUGCGUCGAGUGAAGGAUGAAUAUGAUCGGAGAGGAGGUUUCAUUCGCAUAUUCCCUACACCAAUAACUUGGGAUCUUUACGGAUCCUAUUUGGAACACAAGACCACAAUGAACUAUAUGCUGGCCACGCGCCUCUUCAGUGAAAGGGGAAGUUCAAGAAGAGGGCCACUUCCAAGACGAACUCGAAUAGCUAUUUCUGUUGACCAGGGUCUGGAUGCUGUGGACUGUAAUGCUCAGCUUCACGCUGCUCUUUAUGAGCGGAAACUCCUGUCUCUAGAGGUACGGAAACGACGGCGACGUUUUGGCAGACCGAGAUCAGGACGAACAAGGUUGCCAGUGACCUCAAAGGCAGCUGAUAUUGUCCUCAAGUCAGCCUUGGAGAGUGAAGAGGAAGAGGAGAUAGCAGAGGAUGACGAUGAACUGGAGGUGGCUCAGAGUGAAACAGCUGGCUCUCUUAAGAAUGUGAAGGUGAAUUUGAAGUCACAGCUGUCAGAGAAGAUGCAAGGAAAGUUGCCAAAGGAACACAAGCCUGAGGAGAUACAGCUUCAGCACAGCAUGGAAACAUUACCUAAGGAUGCUGAGCCACCCUUUAAUUUGCUACAGAUUCUUCAAGAGAAUAGGAAUCUAAGCAAAGUGCAGGCUCGCAGGGCUUUCUCUGCCUACCUGCAGCGGGUCCAGCUGCGCCUGAAGAAAGAGGCAGGGGAUCAUGUCCAGAAUGCUGCUUGGGUGGCCAAGGAGGAUGAGCAAAUGGAGCUGGUGGUUCGCUUUUUGAAACGAGCAGCCAGUAAUCUUCAGCAGUCUUUGAGGAUGCUGCUCCCAAGCAGGCGCUUGGCCCUGUACGACCGCAGGCGCAUUUUGGCUCACCAGCUGGGUGAAUUCAUCAUCUGUUACAACAGGGAAACAGACCAAAUGGCUGAGGUAAGAUUAAUGAAAAAGCAGGACGAAGAGGAGGAAGAGGGGGUAGAUGCUGAAGGCUUUCAGGAAUUCAUUAGCAAUGCAAGUGAAAGUGAUUUGGAGGAGGUGUUGACAUUUUACACGCACAAGAAUAAGUCAGCAAGUGUCUUCCUAGGAGCCAACCCUGGAGCUCCAAAGCACAGCAGCUGCCAGUUGGAGUGCAAGGCCCAGGGAGAUCAUUCAGGAAUAAUAGAAAAAACUGAAAAACAGCAACCUGAAAUACCAGCUGGUGAGGAAAAUGCGGUGGAGGAGUUGAGAAGUGAACAACCCCCAGAAGCCAAACCAUACAGGGUCCCCUCAUUAACAGAAGAUGAAAAGAACACACCACAACUUGCCCCCUCUAUUGCGGCCUCGAGUGUUCCUCUUGCUAGCCUUCCACAAAGCUUCAGCUCUCAUGUUGUGGCCUCUGAAAACGCGGAGGAGGUGGAUCAUCACUCAACGCUUUCUUUUUCAUCUGGUUCUGGAUUGAUUCCUUUCCCUUCUUUCCAAAGUGCAUCAACUGAGACCUGGUCUAGCUCAGCAAAAAAUGCCCCCCACCUGUCAUCAAACACCGGAGGUUUACACCGUUGUCGGUCCGGCACCUACACCACUGCCCCCUUCUCUUCUUUUCAAAGCGCUACGCAGAUCUACAGCCAGAGAUUGUCUCGGCCGUCCUCAGCAAAAUCAGCAGGUUCAAGCAGUCACAGCCCCGUCAGACAGCGUGGUGGAUCUGCCAGGACGACUAAAGAUGGAGAGGACAGUUCUCCCAUAAGCAAGCGCUACAGUCACACCAUUGUUGCUUCAGAGCUUCAGCGACUGGCAGAGAAGCAGGCAGCCAGGCAGUACUCUCCUUCCACUCAUAUCAGCCUCCUUACACAACAGUUAACCAACUUAAAUCUGAUGAAUGGCGCUAUGAGCAGACCAAGCACAACCUCUCCUCCCAGUUACCGGCCGCCAUUCAACCCAGGAGGCUCAUUUUGGGCCUUUCAAACAGACACACAUACAGCUGACAACAGAUCUGUAUCUUUGGCUCUCAGGACUCUGGAGACAGACAGCCUUGCCUGGGAAGGGGAUGCAGAGAACAGCAGGUUUAUGGGAAGCCAACCGCUGCAUCCUAAGCUCCAGCCAACUGCUGGUAGCUAUCAGCUCCAUUUUGCCCUGCAACAGCUACAACAGCAGAAGCUCCAGUCUCGACAGCUUUUGGACCAGAGCCGAGCCCGGCAUCAGGCGAUGUUUGCCAACUUUCUGCCACCCAGCAUCAGCCCGGUAGGCCUGUCCUCCGUUUCUGGUGCCUGCAGAACGUCAAGUGCCAUUUCUAGUAACCAGAGGUCACCCAGCCUGUCCAAGGUUAUGCCAUCCCAGAGUGCAUCUUCAAACUUGGUCCCCAAACCUCCAGCCAACCACAGGCAGGCUGUGAUCAGAAAGGUAGCAUCCCAGAGGAUUUCCAACAGAGCAACUUCUACAGAAGGACAAUUGAACGGAUUCCAGAAUAGCCUUAAGAGUGCUACAUCCUGGGAGCCACUUACAAAUUCUGCGGCUCCUGCUUGCACUUACUUUUCGAAGUGAAGGAUUUAACUCUUAAUUAAAAGACAGACCACAAGUUCAGUGCUUGAGCAUGCAAGAAAGAGAUAAGUCACUGUGACUGUACACCAUUCCACACUCCUAGCCACACUCAGAUCAGCAGCAAGGUCUGAUGUCCGCUCCAGAAUUUCCUCCAGGACAGAAGCGCAGCUGACCACCUGGGAACUGGUUCUGGAACUCUAGACUUCCUACUUAAGUUCCAGGGCUUCCUCUGCAUUCUCUAUCUCAUCUCCUUCCAACAGCCAGUUCUCCCAUUGUGAUUAUGACUUCGUGCAAGACAGAAGGUUUCCAACUGUGUCUGUGUGAUAUGUCCAGGACCGAGGUCUCUUCAUCCUUUCGGUUGUUUCAGUUCACUCCGAGGCAGUGAAGGUUGCCUCCCAGCUAGUAGGCAAAGUGAAUGCCAUGAGGCCAUCAGUGACAUGAGAGAGUUAAGAGUGCUGACUGACAAGAGACACUUGUGCAGGCUGCUAUCUUGAAGUUUGGCAGGAAGCCAGAGAAACGCUCAGUCUCAAUAAAGUCAUUCAUUUUGUUUGUUUA